UAUCUAUGUAAGCCAAAGGUGCGGAAAAUGAGUAGUAAAGCAUAGAAAACAGUAGGAGUAAAGAGAAAAAGGAUGAGGUAGAGAGAAGGUGGGAGUGGCAGAGAGAAGAUUACAAAGAAAUGGGGAGAUGGGUGAAUUGUAGGGGCAAUAUAUUCCCAUUCCUGGGGAUGGUGAUGGCUAUGCUAGCUCAAAGUGGAAGCAUGGUGGUAAUCAAAGUUGCCAUGACUGAUGGAAUAAACAAAUAUGUCAUGGUUGUGUACUCUUUGGCACUCUCCACCAUCUUGCUUCUUCCCUUUGCCUUGUUUCUUCACAGGUCAGAGCGUCCUCCUCUUACAUUCUCUGCACUUUGCAGUUUCUUCUUGCUUGCAUUCUUUGGGAGUUCAGGACAGAUAAUGGCUUAUGUUGGCAUAGAUCUAAGCUCUCCUACUCUUGCAUCAGCCAUGCUUAAUCUCAUUCCAGCUUUCACUUUUAUACUUGCUCUCAUUUUUAGGAUGGAAGAAGUACAUUGGAAACAUUCCAGCAGCCAAGCCAAGUUCUUAGGAACAAUAGUAUCAAUUGCUGGAGCAUUUGUUGUGAUACUGUACAAGGGCCCACCCAUCUUUAAGACACAUUUGUCAAACUCUUCGAACAAAUUUCUAUUUUCGCAGCAACUAAACUGGAUCUUGGGAGGGAUGUUCUGUGCUGGCGAUUCUAUAGUUUGUUCCCUGUGGUACAUAUAUCAGGCUUCGGUUGCAUACAAAUACCCUGCUGUAACAACCAUAGUAUUCUUCCAACUCUUAUUUUCAACCAUUCAGUGUGGAGUAUUUGCCUUAAUUGUAGUUCAAGAUCAAACGGAAUGGGAGCUGAAGUUAGAUAUUGGGUUGAUUGGCAUUGUAUAUCAGGCAAUUGCUGCAACAUUGAUACGUUACAUCUUAUGCACGUGGUGCGUCCUUAAAGCUGGACCUCUGUUCUGUUCUAUGUUCAAGCCUGUGGCAAUCAUCUUCUCCGUUUUCAUGGGUGCAAUUUUUCUCGGGGAUGACUUAAGCCUUGGAAGUUUGAUUGGUGCGGUUAUAAUCGUGAUAGGAUUUUAUGCCGUACUGUGGGGAAAAUCCAUAGAAGAUAACAAGAUUGAGAAAGGGGUUGAGAACUUGGAGUCAUCGUGCCAUAAUGUUCCUUUAUUACAAAAUAGGACGUAACAGGUAGGUUGAAUAUUUGACAUGGAGAACAAUGUGAUAUUGCAAAACACUUAAAAAGUUAGUUAGAAGUUGUAAUGUUUAUGUAUUGGUUUUUCAUGUAUCUAUUUUUAAUAAUAAUAAUAUU